AUGUACGGAGAGAUCGGGAACAAGCUGGUCCAGCAUGCAAAACGGACGCAAUCGCUUGCCCACCUUCCGCCGUAUCAAACAGAAAUGGUCCGCGCUGUCGCCCGAGAGGCUCGCGACCUGGACAAAGAUGUUGCAACCAUCCUCGAGCCCUUCGCGGGGUCCUUCAACCCCUCCGCCGAGCCUGCUACUGCCUGCGCGCUGUUAGUAAAUCACUUGUGCAUGAGGAGAAACAAGCGCUGCUUGCUGGCUUAUCAUCGCGUGCGGACGGACAAGCUGGAGGAGAUGUGCUGGAGCGGCAUUGACGUGCUGGAGCGGCAGCAGCAGCAGUCAAACAAAGCCGGCGAGGGAGUAGCGUCAAUGGGGCCGGAUAGCAAUUCGAGCAGCUUGAGUCCUGAAGAGGAGGAAUAUGUUCGGCAAUACAGCGACUUGCUUGCUGCAUACAAAGGGCAAUGGACAGACAUUGAUCUGACUGGCAGCCUUGAGCCACCAAAGGACCUGUUCAUUGACGUCCGGGUGCUCAAAGACGCUGGCGAAAUUCAGACUGAAUACGGCGCGAUCACUUUGACCAAGAAUAGUCAAUUCUACGUACGCCAGGGCGACGUAGAGCGACUUAUUGCACAGGGAUACCUCCAGCGCUUGAGCUGA